GGGGUGGGAUACUUUCACCCCUAUCACAAAACAGCAGAGAUUCCUAUCCUCUCCCUGCCCACGGGGCCGAUACUUAACACUCUUGUGCCUAGCCCUCUCUUUAAAAAAAAAUUACAAUGUUUGUAGUGCGGUGCCAAACGAACAUCACUAGAUCAACCCGGAAAUAUAUUUUCAUAGUAUCUUUAUCUGCAGUAUUGCAUUAUGGAUAUUGAUUUGUUUUUCUACAAGUUUGGUCAAACUUUGACAUGACUUAUGUUUUGGAAGGAAGACAUAUAUACUGCAUUUGAGUACGUAUUUGACGGUGCAGCAUGUUUUAGGGUUGGAAUUCGACAAGCUUGGUCUCUGUCUGUUGGCAAUAGGUAGAAUAAUAUGGGAAAAUUCCUCCUGCUUUCCUUUCCUCUCCUUCCUUUCUGCACGCAAAAUAUAUACACGCGCACGCAAGCAAAUUCGAUUAUAUAUUAGUACUAUAUGUCUAUAUCAAAUUCAAAUUGAGCGAGUCAUACACGUAGCCUAGUCAACGCCGUGUUGAACUACAUACUGUAGGAGUACUUAUAUUCUUUGAUUAAUAAUCAACCCCUCCAUUAAUUGUUCCCUCGGUCGUCAGUUGCUAUAAUCGCGUACGUCGCCCUCUAACUAAGAAUUAGGAUAGACCAAUUAACAAACUAACUAACGAAUAAUACUCGUGCAAUGAUUAGUGUUAAGUACGGAGUAUACUAAUUAAGCGGUAACUGACUCGAACUCGAACUCAGCGUGCCCGGCCCGGUAUAUAUGCCAGCAGGAGUCCGGGGCUCAUACGUUGACCCGGAAGAGUCCGUUAGCUAGCUAGCCUCAUUGCGUCUCCAUCUUCUUCUUCUUCUUCUCCGUCGCCGGCCGCCCGCCAUCAGCGACCGAUCAUCUUGAUUAACCGACCAAUGCAGCUUUACGCGCGGCGGCGGCACUUGGCCGUGCUGCAGCAGUGCCGCCGCGCGCUGCUCGUCGCCGCGGCGCUCGCGCUCCUGCUGCUCGUCGUCUUCUUCCCCUCCGACGGCCGCCGCGGCCCGCUGCUCAACUUCGCCGCGCUGUCGCCGGCGCGCGCGGUGCUCGUGCCGCCCCGCCGCCUGCACCUCCGCCUCGGCGCCGUCACCGAGCACGGCCGCUCCACCCCGCCGCCGCCGAUACCAGAGGAGGAGGAGAAGAACAGUACGGCGGCUCAUGAUCAGCUCGAGGCCGUGCUGAUGCCGGACUGGGAGGUGCUCGUCCUGCUCGGCGCCGGCGGCGGCGGCGGGGAGGAGAACGCCACGUGCGCGUUCUAUGGCGGGGCCACGUCCCCGGCGCGUGCGCGGGGGAAGCUGACGCCGUCCGGGCGUCACGCGUACGUCUGCGUCCUGCCUGAGAAGGCGAGGAGGCGCAAGAAGCUGAUUGCGCCGCGGCUCGUCUUCUCCGACUCCGGUCAUGGCUCAGCUGCACGGUCGCCGCCACCAGAGGAAAAGGAGAAGGAGAUGCUGAGGUGGAGCGGGCGGCUGGUGUACUCUUCCGCCGUGGUCGAUGACGACGACAGCGGCGGCGGCCAAGACGUGCUCGUGUUCGCGAAAGGCGUGAACCCGCGGCAAGGCGUCAACCGGGACGCCUCUGACAUCAGCUGCGUCUACUACCACCGCCGCGCCGGCGCCGGAGACAAAGACAUCGACGUCGUGGCCUCCCUCCCGGCCGCCACCUCGGCUCAACAAGUCUUCCGCUGCCCGCCACCGCCGGCAGCUGCUUCAUCAUCCUCGUCAACCCAGCGAGAGCUCCGUGUCACCCUCGCCAUCACCGGCGAGGAGAAGCCAAUACCGUCGCUGGCCGUCUACACUCCUCCUCCUUUGCUGCCACUUGGCGACUCCUCACCAGCAGCGGAGAAGAAGGACAAGAAGCUGAUCUGCGCGUGCACGAUGGUACGUGACGUGGCCAAGUUCCUUGGGGAGUGGGUGGCGUACCACACGGCGGUCGGUGUGGACCGGUUCUUCAUCUAUGACAACGGGAGCGAGGAUGACCUGGCGGACCGGGUGCGCCAGCUCAAUGAGGCGGGCUACGACAUGUCCACCGUGGCAUGGCCAUGGGCCAAGGCCCAGGAGGCCGGGUUCUCCCACGCCGCGGCGGCGCACCGGGAUUCGUGUGAGUGGAUGGCGUUCGUCGACGUCGACGAGUUCAUCUUCUCCCCGCGGUGGGUGGAGUCAAAGAAACCAGCCAAAUCCAUGCUCCGGUCGGUGCUGUCGGUUGAACCAGACGUCGGACAAGUGUCACUAGGGUGUGCCGAUUUCGGGCCGUCGGGUCAGACCGCGAACCCGAAAGAAGGGGUCACGCAAGGCUACACGUGCAGGAAGCGGACCGAGGAGCGGCACAAGUCGCUGGUCCGGCUCGAUGUGGUGGACCGGUCAUUGGUCAACUCGGUCCACCACUUCGCGCUCCGACCCGGGUUUCGGGGCGAGUGGAACAGGCGGGUCCGGGUGAACCAUUACAAGUACCAAGCUUGGGAAGAGUUCAAGGUGAAGUUUCGGCGUCGGGUAUCCACCUAUGUGGCGGACUGGACCGACCCGGUGAACCUCCAGUCCAAGGACCGGACCCCCGGCCUAGGGUUUGAAGCGGUGGAACCGGUUGGUUGGACACACAAGUUCUGCGAGGUGAAUGACACUCUACUUCAGGAUGCGAGUCGGAGGUGGUUCGGCGUUGGAUUUGGAAGCAAGCUGGCUCGGCCCCAAACUCACAGCUCAUCUUAGGUCACACAAAGUGUACAAAACGGAAGAAUAUUAGGGGAUAGGCUUAGAACAAACACUGAUUGUUUUUUCAUCAUGUGGAUUCUUUCCACAUACCUGUACAAACACAGCUAGGAACUAUAUAUAGAACACGAUCUCUUUCUUGUUGCAGCUGAUUAGGAAAAUGUACAAAAGGUUUCUUACUUUGGAACAUAUAUAAUUUAUGAUGAAUA